GGCAACUAGAAAUAAGUAUACAGUGUUAUCUAGAUAGUGUAGUGACGGGAGCAAAGUACAAAACGCGUCGAAUGCCUACAGUACUGAGGGCAGAAGUUACCUAGUCGCUGGGCCGAGAUGUUUACUUUCGCCGAUUUCUUGGCUGGUUGGAACGCUGGGAUAUGUGGCAUUGUAAUUGGGCACCCAGCAGACACAAUAAAAGUGCGUCAACAGUUAAUGGGUGAUACAGGCCUAGUGGAUGUUAUCAGGCGGACAUACAAACAUGAAGGGAUAAGAGGAUUUUACAAAGGAAUGGCCUUUCCAAUCAUAUCAGCUGGUCUGUUGAAUGCAUUGUUUUUUGGAUCUUAUGGAAACACACUUAAAGUACUCGAACCUCAAGAUAUUCAAGCUGAGGAGAAAAAUAAAAAACAGAAUGUUUGGAAUUGGAAUGUCUUUACUGCAGGCUGUAUUGCAGGCCUGUUGCUGAGUGUUGUUAACUGCCCUAUUGAAGUACUGAAAAUAAAGCUUCAGUCCAAGACAGGACUUCCAUCAAUUUGGAAAAUGCAAUAUGAAUCUAAGUACAGUGGUGUUAUCGGAUCUGUACGAGGACUUUAUAAAGAUUAUGGAUUCAAAAUAUUUUAUAAAGGAUACCGCUGUACAAUCUACCGAGAUGUUUUUUCAUCUGGUAUAUACACAGCUGUAUAUGAAGCAUUGAGUGCCACGAAUAAUAUUCAACAGAAAUCUGUAUCAAGCAUAAUAUUUGCAGGUGGAAUGGCAGGUAUGCUGUCUUGGAUUAGUAUUAUACCACUUGAUGUGAUGAAGUCAAGGAUCCAGGCAGACAACCCUGAUAAUCCAAAAUACAAAAGUUUAAUGGAUUGUUUCAUCAAAAGUUACCAAAGUGAUGGAUUGAAAGUAUUUUUUAGAGGUUCCUGUAUGACAAUUAUAAGGGCAUUUCCUGUCAAUGGUGCAACAUUUCUUGGGUUAGAAAAAAGUUUACAAUUUUUCGAAAGUAUUUAUCUUGGACAACAAAUAUGCAAUAAAUAA